UUUUAACCAAUCAAAAAAUUACUUCUUCUUUUUUUUUUUACUUAUUUGUGAAAAAAAGCUUCUUCUUCACCAAACAGUUUGUCUAGUUGUCUGUGUCUCAUUUACCAUAUUUUCUCUCUAAAUUUUUCCCAUUACUGGAUUUGAAGAUCGUGUCUGGCAGAUUUUAUCUGAUUUUCUGAUCAGAGAGAAGUAAAAGGAAACAACUUUUUUGUUAGCUUUCUCUCUCUACAAGUUUUGGGUUUUUAAGAGAAAGAGAUAAAGGAGACAGCUUUCUCUCUCUGUCUCUCUCUAAAAGUUCUGGGUUUAGAAAGAGAUCUUUCUUAUAUGUUGAAUUUGUGAUCAGAGGUGAGAGAGAUGGGAGGUUGCGUGUCAACGCCUAAGAGCUGUGUAGGAGGUAAAAUAAGGUCAAGCAAAAGGAGAAAGACUCGGACAAGACGAAAGAUUCAGAAGAAGAGAGUUGUUUCUUCUUCUCGCUUAUCUGACGGAUCUUUCGAUAAUAAUCCCACUUUCAGAGCAAGUGUUGAUGAAGCAUGGUUUGAUUCCAAUCUCGCCUUUGAAACCGAUUGUGAUGAUGACUUUCAUAGUGUUCAGGAAGAUACGUUGUCAGUGAACGGAUGUGAGCGUAUCUCAGUAUCGAGUAUGUCAUCUGUUAAAGACUCUAACCUUGGUGGUUCCGCUCGGAAUUCUCUAAGCGAUGUCAUCUCACAAUCAAAAUCAGAGAGUGCUUUGAUUGACACUAAGCAGGCUGUUUUCAUCGACGAGAUAUCUUCAAAUGCUGAUGGUAGCUCUAAUAAAGAUGAAGGGUUGUUGGAAAACUGCGGGAUUCUUCCGAGUAAUUGUUUGCCUUGUCUUAAUUCAACUGUUCCUUCUAUUGAAAAGAGAAGGUCUUUAAGCUCUAGCCCUCCAAGUACGAGGAAAAAAGCUGCGGUUAAACUAUCUUUCAAGUGGAGAGAAGGGCACCCUACUGGUCCUUUAUUUUCUACAACAAUGCAGUUGCAGAGACCGAUGGCAGGUUCUCAGGUUCCGUUUUGUCCACUCGAAAAGAAAAUGUUUGAUUCUUGGUCAAUUAUUGAGCCUGGUAGUUUCCGGGUUCGUAGCAAAACUUAUUUCAGAGAUAAGAAGAAAGAGCUUGCACCAAACUAUGCUGCAUAUAAUCCAUUUGGUGUCGAUGUAUUUUUAUCUCAACGUAAAGUAAACCAUAUAGCGCAAUACGUGGAGCUUCCUGUUGUUACUACCACCCCGACUAAGCUCCCAUCAAUCCUUGUUGUAAAUGUUCAGAUUCCAUUGUAUCCAGCUGCAAUUUUUCAUGGUGAAACUGAUGGAGAAGGAAUGAAUUUCGUUUUAUACUUUAAACUUUCGGAUAACUAUUUAAAGGAGCUUCCACCACAUUUUCAAGAAAGCAUUCAGAGAUUACUAGAUGAUGAGGUUGAGAAAGUUAGAGGCUACACUACUGACACGAAUGUACCCUUUAGAGAACGGUUAAAGAUAUUGGGUCGUGUUGCGAAUGUAGACGAUCUUCAGUUGAAUGGUGCAGAGAAAAAACUCAUGAAUGCUUAUAACGAAAAACCUGUGCUUUCACGUCCACAGCACGAGUUCUACUCGGGUGAAAAUUACUUUGAGAUUGAUAUUGAUAUGCAUAGAUUCAGUUAUAUAUCGCGGAAAGGAUUUGAAGCAUUUUUAGACAGGCUAAAGAACUGUGUUCUUGAUGUUGGACUCACAAUUCAGGGGAAUAAACCGGAGGAGUUACCGGAGCAGAUUUUGUGUUGCAUCCGGUUAAAUGGGAUUGAUUACAUGAAUUAUCAUCAGUUAGCUCUUAGUCAAGAAGUCCUAUGAUACUAAACAAAAGAUAUGACCUUUUUUUUUGUUGUUGUUCUUUAUCUUCUUUUCUUUUGUUCCUCAAGAACACAAAAUCUAAGAGAUACAUCGUUUUGAAGAAGAAGUCAAUAAUGGAAGCAUGAGUAUAUACAUGAUACAUCAUUCCGAAACCUGAUCAUUUCUCGGAGAUUGCCUACGACUCUGUACAGUGGCCAAUAUUGCUCAUCAUAAAUAUCAUAAUUCAAUGAGAAAUCACCAACAACAGUAGGAUUUAAUGAUGUCUUCGGAAAACCGUUUUCUGAUAUUAUAAUGAUGUAUCCGUAAGAAUAUACAUAUUUUCUCUAACCAAAUCAUAUCAAAG